AUGUAAAGUUAAUUGGCAAAUUAUAAGUUUGUGAGACUUGCUGAGGAAACUAAGUUGCAGCAGAGGGAUAUUAGAGUAGCUAAGUCAAUCAUAGAUAGCAUUGAAUAGAUUUAAACUGAACAACAUACAAUAAACAGAUGGGUCUUUGAACUUUUGUAAAAUGCUGUAGAUUCUUGCUGUCCUGACAGAAAACUCUUGGUAAAAUUUAGGUUGACAAAAAACUAUCUUGAGUUUUCUCAUAAUGGUAAAGCUUUCAACCUAGAAGAUAUAAUAAACUUGAUUGAGUAAGGUUCUAGUAAAGAGAGACUUAAUUCUGAGACUUAUAUCAAUGAAAAUUAAGGUAAACUCAAUUAAAUUAAGACUAACUAAACUAUAGCAAACUCAAGCAAUACUAGACAAAAGAUUGGAAAAUUUGGAACAGGAUUUUUAACAACAUACAUUCUAUCUAAGAGAGUUAAAGUCAUAGGAGUAUUCAAGCAUGAAUCUGAUGAUUCUAAUCAAGGUGAAUCGAUACCAGAGUUUCGUGAGUUUGAACUUACACUGAACAGAGAUGCAGAACAUAUUGACUGGAUGGUGAGAUAAAUACAAGAAUCUUCUCAAAUCUUUAAGGAACUAAGCCAUCUCGACACAAUAUAAGAUUAUGAAGAAGGAGAAAAUCUCGAUACUAAAUUUAUUUAUGAGCUUAAUGAUUAAACAAGAGAGAAUGCUGUCAAGGGCUUAGAGGUUUUAAGAAAUGCAAUGCCAUACAUUCUUUUAUUGAAUAGAGCUAUCCAUUCAAUCACUAUAGAGAAUAAAAUUUAGUAAUCAUGUCAAAUUUAUGAGGUGUAUGCUGAUGAACUUAAAUCACAUUAAAAAACAAUAAAAAUUGGCAAAAAAGUAUUUCCACUUUCCAUAUUGUAAUUCUACAUUGAUAAAGAAGAGAAAUCUGAACUACUUUUAAUUGAAGGGGAGAAGUCUUCACUAAGUUGUGAGAUUAAAUUUGAAGAUGGUUAUUAUGUCAUUAAAAAGGAUUCUGAUAUACCAUUAGUAUUUGUUGACUUUCCUUUAUUUGGAUUUGAUGCUUUGCUAGCAUCAAUUGUAUUUAAUUCUAGAUAGUUAAAGCCAAAUGAGAAAAGGACUGGACUCAUUUUAGAUCAAGGCACAAAAGGAAAAUAAAACAAGGAAAUAUUUUAAGAGAUGGUCAAGCUAUAUCAAAUUCUAAUUGAUUUUGCAUUAAUAUAAAACUUCAUUAGUUUCGAGAACUUGUUCAUUUAAUCAUAGAAAAAUAUCUUAAUCAAUAAUCAAAUCAAGGACUAAUUAUUUAUUCCCUGCAUUUAGCAUUGUAUUGAUAAGCAAAUAAUCAGAACUAAUAAAAUCAAUAAAAGAUCAAUUGUUGAUGAUAUCUACAUUCCCAAUAUUUGGACUCAUACUCAGUUCAGUAAAAAAAAAGAAAAUGAGAUUGAGUAAUUUAAUAUUCUCUCUGAAAUAAUUGACUCUUUGAAUCAAUUUAGCUCAGAUCAAAUAAUUUUAAAGGAAAUAAACUAUGUUAAAGAGUGUAUUGCAGUUUUUAACCAUCCAGAAUGGUCAAAGAAAAUAAACCCCAAAAAUAGAAUAUGUAUUGAUUAAAUAAUAGAGUUUAUUCAUAGUUAGAAAUCCUUGAAUAAUUUAAUUCUAAAGAAGAAUGAUCCAUAUGAUUUUCUCAAUAAGGUUUACUCCUAUGUUAUCAGAUUUCUAGAUUCUUAAUAGUUCACUGAGUAUUUUGUAAAAAGAUCAAUUUUACCAAACAGAGAUGGAAACUUUUGCUCAAUUUUUUAGCUAAAGUUAGAUGACUAAAUAGAUUAAUUUUAUCUUGACCUAUGCUAUCAAUAUCAAUAUGAUAUAAAAUAAUCUCUAGUUUCAAAUAAAAUUGAAGUUCCUUUUUCAGAAAGAUUUCUAAAGUAUUCAUUCAAAGAGUUAGAAAAUGUAAUAAUUUCAUCUAUAGUCAAAGUUCUUUAAAAUUCAGGAAGACUAUUUAAAUAAUACUACGGCACAUUUCUAAAAAUUAAAAAGGCUAAAAAGCCCAAAUUCUUAUAACUCAAUAUUUCUCAGAACUAAGAUUGUCUAAUUUUUUCAAGUCUAGAUAAAUUAGAGCUAUUCUGCUUCAAAAUAUUAAGCCUUCAAAAAAUUGGUGAUUUAAUAAAUGAGGACGAUAAGAAAUUAAACUAAUUUCAAAAGAAACUAAUUGAAUUAGUAAAGACUACAGUUUUAAAAGAUAAAAUCUAGCCAAUCUAAAAUGUAAAUUUGAUAUCACACAAUUUGGUAAAAAUCUGCUAGGAAUUCGUUCUUACUUUGCUUUCAGUUAAAAUUAAAUCUUGUAGCAAUGUUAAAUCACUGAGAACUUUGAUUAAGUAAAAUUCUGAGAGCCCAGUUUAAGACUAGCAUGUGUAUAACUUCUUAUGCAGCUUUUAUGAGAUUGCCAAGGAUAGGUACAAGCUUCUAACUAAAAAUGCUAUUAUCACUCCUAAACUUAUUCCUAAUGAAAUAGGAAACUUCAUGAAGGGCUCUUUUCAAGUGAAAUAGAGAUCAAUGCCUAUCAUUAGUUUUAACAUUAUUGACUAGGAUCCUACAAUAAUCAAUUUAGAUGGUAUAGAGUAGCUCUAUAAAUAUUAUGUUACCUUUACCUAAAAUGGAAAAGACCAAUAUGAGUCCAAAGUUGUGAACAGAAGAUUAAACAAUUCUUUGAUAAAAAGCUAUAAUUUACUCAAUCUUGAAACUCAUGUUAGGAGCUAAGCUAUCAAAACUCUAAGUGUCAAAGAAAUUUGCCAAUCAUUAGAUAAUCAUAUCAUUAAUACUUGUAACAACAGGCUUUACAUCAGACAAAAUGAGGAAUUUUUCAAUAAUUUCGAAAAUCUUUACUCUUCCACUUUUUCAAGCCAAGAAGAAGAGCAUUACUUCCCUUAGUAUACAAAGAGGAGACUUGAGAUAAUAGUGGAAUUGAGAUAGACUGGUGAUGUUACCAAAGCAAUGCACAAAAUCUUCUGCAACAAGUAGGAAUAGCUAUUGUUUAAUCUUGUAGAAAUUGAUCCCUGUAUAAAUACUAUUGCCCUUUAGGUCCUUUAACUAAUGAGAAAAUUUGAGAACUAACCCAAAGUAUUUCAAAAUUUAUUAAAAGAGUUAUUGACUGACUACUAGGGUGCUGAAAUUGAUGUCAAUGACAUCAUCACACUAAUUGAGAAGGUUUAAUAACUCAAAACUUUGAAGUGGCAGAAGAUGAAUGGAACUAAUUGA